GAUCCGGGGCUUGUCGCGUGCGUAUGUCGUAGUAGCGUCUAGCGUUUUGGUGUAUGAAAAGUGUAUCAUCCAAGCAACUAACCAACCAAGCAACUAACCAACCAACCAACUAACCAUUAGCGGUCCGGUUUAUCGCUGACGCGUUUUUUGACACUUGUUCGACAGCAGAUCCUCGGGAUGCUGACGAAGAAGAUUGAUAUUUGUUAAGGCGAAUGGGGGUGUGUGAGUGAGAGGCUCUUGCGUGUGCUGAAUUCCGAUGUGAUUCAAGGGGGGGCAUCGAAUGGCCCUCCUUGCCCCGUCCCCUCCUAACCGUUCCGUUGAUGCUGAUUCUGCGUUGCGUAGAGAAAGAGGAGGAGGAGAAGGUUCAAACUGCAAGCUGCAGCCGCAAGCGAUUUUAAAUUGGAUUUUCCGCUGCCGCCGGUUCGGAGGAUGCUGCUACUGCUGCUGCUAUUGCCGCUGAGUUCCAAGAAAGUAGGAAGUGAUUUGUACAGUGCAAACUCUCCGGGAGGUGUGCAAACGGUGAAUUGAUGCGAUAAUUGAAUACCGCCAUCCGGUCGAUCGCCGGCGCGCUGGUGUUGGUGGCGGUGGUUCUGUGCCAAAUGCGGUUCGGUUGAUCCAAUUGAUAGAAUCAAGAAGAUUUAAUACAACAGUAGGCAAACAAGGAAGCAAUCGGGCGUUGUUGGUGUUCAAUUUAAAUCAAAUAUUUCCCGGUGCAAAACGUCGAAACGAGUGAGAAAAUAUUGCCGAUUUGAAACCGAGCGGUUCUCGUUCGGAAGCGCUGUUUGUCAAACACCUGAAGAAAAAAGAAAAAAAAACUCCAGCCGAAAUCGAUCAAGGACCGUUUCGUGUUCUACCGGGGAAAUCCUGGUAUGUGUCAGUGUGUGUGUGUGUGAUUGUGAGUGCUCAGUCUGACAGGCCUUGUGAUAUGGCCAUCUAGGAUUCGAAUAAAUGGAUUAUGCGGAAAAUUUGAAAAUACGACAAACAGACCAUCAAUCAUCGAUGUUGUUGUUGUUGUUGUUGUCGUUUGGUGACGACGGUGGUGUGGAGCAGUAAAACCGGCGUCAGUUUCUUCCGGGUGCAAGAUCCUAGCUCCCAGAAUUUGGAUUAUCGAUGUGCGAGACCGAACCUUGCUGGAGAAGAACAGAAUUACUCACCAACUAAAACAACAGUCGGUUGGUCGGUCGGUCGGUCGGUCGGUCGGGGAGCAUAGAAAAACGGUACUCUAAUCGGUUAGAGCACAGGAAGAAAGCUGGGGGAAAAACAUACGAGAGGACAUACCGAGAGCGAGAGACCUAAGCGGCUUGGUCACCAAACACAACGGUAUUCGUUCGGAGGACGUCGGCUCAGUCGGUUGAUCCGCGUCACACGCGUUCGUUCGUUCGUUCGGUCGGUUAGAACAUUCUCGGUUUUAUGCUCUUCUGAAUAAAUGCACGCGCGCGCGCAAAACACUUUCGGAAAGCCGCGUGACUGCGUGACAAAAACAAACACACUGCCGUACAGUUGAAGGUGUGAAAGAAGAGGAGGAAGAGCACCAAAAACAACAACAACACCAGCUGUAGAAUCAGCCGAUCUUGAUGUUAAUUAAGGCAUGCUUUAGAGGUGGAGAACCCCCGCGAAUGAUGUGAAAAUAAAAACAACCACAAAAGCAAAAGUUCCUGCCCGGAGAGUGAAAUUGUUAUGAAACUAAACAGAAAAGGUGAAUCGAAAAUAACACCAAGAGAGAGAGGGAGAAUUUGAGAGAGAAAGAGAAGGGUUAGCGAGCUCGUGCAAAAUGAAUUAGUGAAAACAAAAAGCUAAAGCCAAAAAUAAAUGAAAACAACAAACAAAACAGUAGAGGAGCAGCCAGCAGUGUACGAAAAUGAAAAUGUUGCUGACAGCUGCUGGGCGGCCGUCGGUUUUUGUCUCAUCUAGUGGCCGGUCGUCGUCACACAUUUGUGUUUGUUAUGAUUGUUGUCCCCGGAACGAUGUUCGUUUUCACAGCACCACCGGAGGAAGGCGAUAGCCGCCAGCCGCCAGCCAGAGGACUUCAAGAUGAUUGUGCAGCUGACUCACUCAAUCGAGCUAAGCUAAGCUAAGCUGGGCCGGUCAGUAGUAGUAGCACGUGACCAAGUGAUUGUCCUUGUGUAAGGAUUUGCUGGAUGGGAUUUCCCCCCAAGGUGGUGGGUGCGAGUGCGUUUGUUGGUUUUUGUUUUGCUUUCUCCUGUGCGUGUUUCCGUUGCGGUUCAGUACCCUGAAGUGAUUCAUCGUGUUUGGCGGGAGGGGUGCGAAACUGAUAGCCGGAUAAAUACGUAAAGGCUCCUUUCUGUAUUGUUGGUUCCGGUUUAUGGAAGAAGAAGAAGCAGGGAGGUCAGUUUAGAAUUAAGAUGAAGAACCACUAAACUAAUCGGUAGCAAACGUAGUUCAGCUAGUGUCAUGGCGAAGAAAAAUAUCCGUUAGUGAAGGAAGCAAAAAAUUAAAGUGCAUUCGAAUUGAAUGAUCGUUUCCCGGCACUCGUCGGAAGCUCGUUUUUUUGUCAUUGUGUGCGUGUUUAUAGUGUCCGUGUGCGUCCCAUCAGACGACGACGACGACGACGAGCAAACGGGAAGAAAUUAAACCAAUCAAUAGAUAAAGUGUCAGCCUGAAAGCAUUUUUUUUCUGCUGCCACAAGAUAGUAAGAGGGAGCGAAAUGGAACCGUUGUGGCGACAGGAGCAACAUCCUUCGUCGGAUCAUGGCUGGCCUCUGGGAGCCCGACAGGCAAUACGUCACUGUCAGCAGCUGCUGCCGCCGGUGACAAAAAAGCCCCCCGAGGCGAAAUCUUCCGGUGCUCGAAGUGUUGGUGGUUUUGGUUGUGGUGGUGCUGCUGAUGUUAGUAUUGUUCCCGGCGGUGGAAGCAGGCGGGGGGAAAUGUAUCGAUUUCAGAAGCGAUUAGACUUACAGCAGCAGCAUCACAAGUGCAAGUGCAACCGAAGAACGUUACCUGCGGGUGACGGGCGUUGCGGCGGUGGUGAGAGUGUUGGGGAUGCAAAAGUCACCGCUGGUAAUUAUCGACGACAUGACAGUUCCGACAGAGUCGACCGAAGGAAAACCACCUGGCGAGGACGCAUCAAUGUCUUCCUGGCCGUUGUCCUGUUUUUGCUGGCCGAGUUUUGCACCAGAAGUGGCUGCGACGAUACCGAGCAGUUCCAGAAGAACAGAAAAUUUACCCCCACCACUGCGACUGUGGAUACGAUUCCCGCCCGCGUAGUUUGGGCCGCGGUGGAUCACGACGCCGAGUUACCCUGCGAUAUUACCGCACCGGGACCGCAGGACGGUGUCAAGCUGGUGCUGUGGUUCAAAGAUUCCACCGGCAUCCCGCUGUACUCGCUGGACUCCCGGUCCGGGGUGCCGAUUUCGGCCGCCCAACACUCGACCAUUGCCAGCGAUCUGGGCCAGCGGUUAUUCUUCUCCGUUGGCAGUGCACCGAAGGAGGCCCGGCUGCAGAUCCGCAACAUCAAACAGUCCGACGGUGGAGUGUACCGGUGCCGGGUGGAUUACUUCAAUUCGCCCACCCGGAACUAUCGGGUCAAUUUGACGCUAGUCGUACCACCAGAGGAACCGCGGAUAUUCGACGCCCAGGGGAAGGAAAUUUCAACCGUUGCCGGGCCCUUUCGCGAAGGGCAUGAGUUGUUCCUGUCCUGUCAGGUUUCUGGAGGUCGACCACCGCCCCGGGUUUCGUGGUGGCACGAUGGUGUCGAGAUAUCAGGUACCAGCCAUCCGUCCGCCGUCGAUGGUGCCUCUGCCAUGGUGAACCAGCUCUUCCUGGGAACCGUAUCCCGGGAACUGUACGGGGCCAAGUUCGUUUGCAAGGCCGCCGGCUCCAAACUGGUACCGGCGGUUUCGAAGGAGGUUGCCAUUCAAGUACACUUAAAACCACUUCGGGUGAAAAUUGUUACCCCCAACGAACUACUCACCGCGGGUCGCCCGAUACCAAUCCGGUGCGAGAGCUGGGGUUCUUUCCCGGCUGCCAAAAUUGUGUGGCUCCUGGAUGGAGAACCGUUGCGGAGUGCCGACAUCACCGUACACAGCGAUGGCAAUGAUGCCAAUCUUACCUCCAGCAUAUUGACGCUGCGCGUGACGGCCGAAAACGAUGGUGGCGAGUUGGCUUGCCGGGCCUCCAAUCCGUGGUUCUCCGGUGGUGCCAUCGAGGACAAGAGGACGAUCAGCGUUGCAUACGAACCGGUCGUAUCGGUGCAUCUGGCCAACGAGGACCCGGCCCGGGUUAUCACCCGGGCGGAAGGCGAAAAUGUGACGCUCAAGUGCCGGGCGGACGCACGGCCACCGGUGACUUCCUUUGCCUGGUACAAAAAUAACAUGCAAAUGUCCGGCGAGAGCGGUGAAACUUUGCACCUGACCCAGCUGGAACGGGAAAGUGCCGGUUCGUAUGCGUGUGCAGCAUCCAAUACCGAGGGAGAAACCCGCAGCUCAUCCAUCACACUGAAGAUACAGUAUGCCCCCCGUUGCAAGCCAGGCUCGGAGCAGACGUCGGUCGGUUCGCUGAACAUGCACUCGCUGCAUGUCCGCUGUGAGGUGGAAGCCGACCCACCGGACGGUGUCCGGUUCAGUUGGACCUACAACAACACCCGGAACGUGUCACCGGUGCUGAAUUCACGCAUCAGCUCGCACGGCCUGAUCAGCACCAUGACCUACCUGCCGCAGUCCGACUCGGAGCUGGUCACGUUAGCCUGCUGGGCCAUGAACAGUGUCGGCCGGCAAACGGUGCCGUGUCUGAUUCAUAUUUUACCGGCAAAAAUUCCGGAAACGCCUCGAAACUGUGAGCUGCACAACGAUACCGUCCCGGAAGUGGUUUGCCAGGCCGGUAACGAUGGCGGUCUGGUGCAGAGCUUUCUGCUGGAGGUCAUCGGAGGGGCCAUCCCGGCAAUGUUUAAUCUGGACUACACCCGCAGCCCACCGACGGAGAUUGACAACGAAAUUUCCACCAUGAACGAUCAGGCCACAUUAGCACCGUUAUUUCGGAUCCAGGAGCAACUACCGCAGUUCAAACUGCACAGUCUGGAACCGGGCCGGGACUACCAGCUGCUGGUCUAUGCGGUGAAUGCAAAGGGCAAAAGUGACCCCCCGUUCGUGAUCGACAAAGUGCGCGUCGGAUCGGCACUGAUACCACCGUACGUGGACGAAACCAUCAUUUCGGAGGAUCCAACGCCAGCGGAAACGUCCAACGCCGACAAACAGAAGCAACACUCGCAGAUGGUGAUCUUCGCGGCGGUUGCUGCGGCCGCCGGUGUCAUCAUAACUUCGAUCAUCGUCGCCGGAUUCGUGGCGAUAUGCAGGCUCAAACGACCGAAACCACCGGAACCGCAGGAAGUGCGAAAACGGAUGCGACCGGCCCGUACCGAUGUCCCAUCGAUGUACGCCGAGGACGACGUGUUCGAGGACGAGUUCCAGCAGCGACAUCCGGGCGACACGCGAUGCAGCCGGGCGUCAUCCACCCUGCGGAGUAGCCGCUACAUCUCCGAGGGAUUUGUGCAGUAUUCACAGCCUAGUUUAAAUGUCUAUAUUGCAGAUCCGGACCUGAUUCUUCCACGUGGCAGCGACAUCGAGUUCACGACCCUGUCCGGAGCUUAGCAGUCCGAAAAUGUUGUCGCCGCCAUGGCGACCGCCGCCGAUGAACGGGCAGCCUGUAAAUAGCGAAAACUGUGCUUUUAGUCUGGGUUUUGUACCUCAACUAAUUUUACGGUCCUAUAGAGCAAAAAAAAAAGAAAAACUAGUAUCUAACAGCUGUACGAGAACGACGGAGGGUGAUUGAAUGGUUCUGAACGGGAUGAAACAAUGAACUAUAUAACCACCACCACCACCAAUAGAGGGAUUGGAAAGUUAAGCCAGAUUAAGGCAGAAUCGGUAAGCUAGUUCGUAAAGUGAACUCAAAUCAAAUUGAGGUUAGGCAACCAAAACAAAAAAAAAAUAAAAAAACUCACUAUUUAUACACUAUUUGAGUAGGUUUAUUUUUUAGUCUAGCGAAAAUCAGAUGGUUUAUUGAGAAAAGCAAGUUACGCUGUAUAAAUAUUUGUUAGGAUGAUGGCUAAGCGAGAACCGAUUUCCUGAAGGGAUUGAUGUCAUUAACUUUUACGUUUAAGAAGAAAGAAAAAGAAACCAAACAAAAUAAAACUAUAACACUCUCACGUGUUGGUACAGAGAGAAGAGCAAAGAUACAAACCUAGGUAAUGAAAUUAGUUUAGUCGCAGAUAUUUUUUAUAUAUAAAAAACAAAAAAAAAACCACUGGAUCUAAAAGAUACGAGAAAAAUCAAACGAACGGGUGUAGGUGCAAAGCAAAUUUAAAAAAAAGAGUAAAAUGCAAAGUUAAAACACCGACAGAAACAGUCAAAAUCAACAAUCAAACCAUUUCGUUUAAUGAAAUAAAGAAAAGUACCGCGAUUUUUCCAACAAUAACAAUGAAAAAAGAACAGUCUAA